AUGAAUGAAAACAUAUUAAAAAAUAUUUGGAGGUACAAGCCAUGUCUAUUUAUAAAAAAAACUAUUCGAAGAAAAUCAGUUUUGCGCUUAAAGAUAUCUUAUAGUAUUUCAUUAAAUAAUUUGAGAAGUGGCCCAUUUUGGUUGAAUAAUUUUAGAAGUGUGUGCAAUUGGAUAAAUGUGAAAAAAAAAAUUAACACAAAAAAUAAAUUAAAGAGUUUCCAAGAAAAUUAUAAAGUAAGCAAUGCUAGCAAAAUUAACAGACGUAACAGAAGAAACAUCGCCCGACAUUUAAGUGCAAACUUAUUUACACAAUAUCUUAACAAAAGUAGCCCGAUUUUAAAUUCACCCAAUUUUAACCACAUUCUUAAUCAGCAUAAAAUUUGUUCUUAUUCAACAAAGAAUGAAAAUAGCGAAACAUUUAAAAAUAAUACAAAAGUUGAAAAUGGCAAAACAAUUGAAAAUAGUGUAAAAGUUGAAAAUAGCGAAACAGUUAAAAAUAGUGAACAAGUUGAAGAAAAUGGAAAAAAAAAUGAUAUAAAAAAAAUACUAAAUAUUAUAUUUUGUUCAUCUAUUCCAAUGAUAGGGUUUGGAUUUAUGGACCAGUUUAUAAUGAUAAGAUUAGGUGAUAUGUUUGAUGCAUCUAUUGGUGUAACAUUGGGUAUAUCUACUUUAUGUGCUGCUUCGUUUGGGCAACUUUGUAGUGAUACAUUUGGUGUUUUUUUUGGAUGUGCUAUAAAUUAUUUACUUCAAAGAUAUAAAAUUAUACAAAUAGAAAAAUUUGAUAUAAAAAAUAAAAUAUAUCAAUAUUGCACAUUAAUCGGAUCUGUAUUGGGAAUAUUACUUGGUUGUGGUUUGGGAAUGCUUCAGCUUAUUUUUAUUGAUACAACAAAAAGUGAUAGAUUGAAAAAAAAAAAAGAAUUAGAUUUUAUAUUUCAAAUGGUUAUGUAUGAUUGUUCUGAUAUAUUAAACUGUGAAGCUUCAACUUUAUUUCUAUAUGAUAAAGUGAAAAACGAAUUAUGGAGUAAAGCCAUACAUGGUCGAAAAAAUAUUAUAAAAAUUUCUGCUAAUAGCAAUGAAAAAAGCUUUUGUUUAUGGGUUUUAAGAAAUAAAGAAAUUAUUAAUUGUAAAGAUGUAUUAAGUAGUGAAUUAUAUAAUCCAAAUCAUGAUAAAAAAUUCAAUUUUAAAACAAAAACUAUAUUGGCUGCACCGAUAUUAGAUAGAAAUAAUCAAGUUGUUGGCGUUCUUAUGUUUCUGAAUAAAUUCAGAUCACAUGGUGGUUAUUUUACAUGUAAUGACGAAAAGCUAGCUGAAUUGAUGAGUAAACAUAUUUCAAUUUUUAUGGAAAAAUUUAAUUAUAUAAGUGAAGGUGAUCAAAAAAUGAUUAUUUUUGAUAAACAAAAAAAUAAUUUACAAGAAGAAGAAGAAGAAGAAGAAGAUGAAGAUGAUGAAAAUGAUGAUGAAAAUUUAAAAAAUAAAUCAAAUAAAAUCGAAGAAUUGAAAAUAACAAAUUUUAAAGAUAAAAAAAAAAAACGAAAAAAAAAAAGAGAACAAAAUAAAAAAAACAAAUAUCAAACUUUACAAAUAUAUGAUGAUGGUAAAAUAUUUGAUGAAGGAAAUGAUAAUGAAAUCAAACAAACAAUAUUUGAAGAUUAUGAUGAAAAGGAAGAAGAAGAAGAUGUCUAUAACAUUGAGGAUGAAGAAGAUGAUGAAGAAGAAGAAGAAAAUGAUGAAAAUGAUGAUAAAAAUGAUGAUAAAAAUGAGACAAAAAAUGAAAGUAUACAUUACAAAGAAAAAAACAAUUUAUUAAAUUCAAAUUUAAAAGAAGGAAAUAGUAAAAUGGAUUUUCAAGAACAAAUUGGGAAUAAAAUGAAAAAAAAUGAUACUAACAAAAUUAACUUAGAAAAGUCAAAUAAUUUGAAUGAUCAUAAAAAUGUAGAUACUACUACUAUUAAUGGUUAUGGAAAAGAAGAUAAAAAUAAUAUUUACACAUUUGAUAAAAAACAACAAAUCAAUAACUUAUAUAACAAAAUUAAUAAAUUAAAAACUAUUAAUGAAAAUGAUAAAAAUUUUAAAUUCAAUUUAUUAAUGCAAAAUAUUUCUAAAAAUGUAAAUAAUAACGAAAUGAAAUAUGAGCAAAAUAUAUCCAUUUAUAUUGAUAACGAAAAUACCAAACAAAAAGAAAAACAAAAUUUUAAAAACUAUUCUACCAUAAGCAGUGAUGAAUAUAUUGAUCCGUAUAUAAUAGAUAAUGUUAAAAUAUUAGAUACCUUUUUUAAUAAUAUAGAAAAAAAAUCAAAAAAAAUUAUUUUAUGUACAAAGUUAUAUAAAGAUAGUAUAAACUUGUGGAAAAAAUGGCAAAGUUGUGGACAAACUUAUCCUAAUAAUUUAUGGGAAAUAAAAAACAAUAUUAAAGAGGAACAGACAUUGCCAAUUAAUAUAACAGAUGACAAUUAUCAUAAAAUUUAUUACACUCCUGAAUUUAAUUAUUAUUUUGAAAAUAAUUAUGAUACAGAAUACGAUUUAUUUUAUCAAAAUCGUUUCAAUGAUGGGUAUAGACAUAUCCAAAAUCGCGAAUAUAUUGAUGAUACUGUUGGAAAUAAAAAUAAAUAUAUACAUGAAUAUUUUAAACCGGGUGAAAUGAAUUAUAGUAAAAUGAGGGAAGGGGAAGGAGAUACUAAUAUAAAGACAUGGAAUGAUCUUUUAAACGAAAAAACAAAUAAUAGCCGUUUUUUUAGUAUUUGCCAUAAAAUAAAUGAUAUGACAAGUUUGUAUAAGAAUAAUUAUAAAAAUAUUGAAAACAUAGUAUUUAUAAAGAAAAAAUAUAUGAUAUAUGAUGUUGUUAAAGCUUAUAAUCAUAACACAUUUGAUGAAAAAUAUUUUGCUCAUAUUAACUUGGGAAAAAUAUAUAAUAAUAUGUCUCAAAAAAAAAAUGAUAUGAAAUGUUUUAAAAUGCUAAAGAUUAUAUACAGAUAUAAUUUAAAUAAAAUUUUUAGUAAUCAUUAUAAAUACAUAAUAAUAAAAAAAAAAAAAAAAUUAAGAAAAUUUUGUUAUUCUAUAAAAUCUUUUGAUAUACACAAAAUGGAUCAAUUUUGGUUUAUUAUAUAUUGCCAAAAUAAGUUAAAAAAUAUUUUUUAUAAAAACUUACAUUUCGCAAUUAACUUACAAAAUGCGCGAAUAAUUGAUUUCAAAUUUAUACACACAUAUAUAUUAAAUACAAUAUAUGAAAAUACAACUUCGAUCUUUGUAUCACCAAGUACUUGUUACAAUGUUAAAAAAAUAGACUUUUUUUCAGUGAACAAUUUAUAUCGUUUAAAAAAUAAAACUACAAUGAAUGAUAUAAUUUAUAAAUAUUAUAUAUUUUAUAAUUUCCGAAAAAAAUUAAAAAAAAAAAAAAUUAAUUACUACAAUUAUCAAGAUUUAUAUAUGGAAGAAAAUUUCUUUGGCCAUAAUACACACACAAAAAAAGUACCAAAAUUGCUUGAUGAUGAUUUAGGAAAAAAAAGUGCAAUAAUAACAGUAGAAAGGUAA